AAAUAACAAAAUGAUGAGUGAUGCAAGUGACAUGUUGGCUGCGGCGUUGGAGCAGAUGGAUGGGAUUAUAGCAGGAUCUAAGGCCCUGGAAUAUUCCAAUGGGAUUUUUGAUUGCCAGUCUCCCACCUCCCCAUUCAUGGGAAGCCUGCGAGCUCUGCACGUUGUAGAAGACCUGCGUGGGUUGUUAGAGAUGAUGGACACAGAGGAGAAGGAAGGUUUGAGAUGCCAGAUCCCAGAUUCAACAGCAGAAACACUCAUCGAAUGGCUUCAGAGUCCAAUGACAAAUGGACACCUGCCUGGGAAUGGAGAGGUAUAUCAAGAAAGGCUAGCACGUUUAGAAAAUGAUAAAGAAUCUCUUGUUCUUCAGGUAAGUGUGUUAACAGACCAGGUAGAGGCUCAGGGAGAAAAGAUCCGAGAUUUGGAGUUUUGUCUUGAAGAGCACAGGGAGAAGCUGAACGCCACAGAAGAAAUGCUGCAGCAGGAGCUUCUGAGUAGGACAUCCUUAGAAACUCAGAAGUUGGAUCUGAUGGCUGAAAUAUCUAACUUGAAGCUAAAACUGACAGCUGUAGAAAAGGACAGGUUGGAUUAUGAAGAUAGGUUCAGAGACACAGAGGGGCUAAUGCAAGAGAUCAAUGAUCUGAGGUUAAGAGUCAGUGAAAUGGACAAUGAAAGACUUCAGUAUGAAAAAAAGCUGAAGUCAACCAAAGAUGAACUGGCAUCUUUAAAAGAACAACUGGAAGAGAAAGAAUCUGAAGUAAAGAGGCUACAAGAAAAAUUGGUGUGCAAGAUGAAAGGAGAAGGGAUGGAAAUCCUUGAUCGAGAUGAAAAUUUUAAAAAGAAGCUCAAAGACAAAAAUAUUGAAGUGCAAAAAAUGAAAAAGGCUGUGGAGUCUUUGAUGGCAGCAAAUGAAGAAAAGGAUCGGAAAAUAGAAGAUCUUCGACAGUGCCUGAACAGGUACAAGAAAAUGCAAGAUACAGUGGUGUUGGCCCAAGGUAAAAAAGGCCAAGAUGGCGACUUUGAAGAUCUGCUCACUUCCAGUUCCAUCUCCACUUUGCUGGAUGUGCAGGGUUUUAGUGACUUGGAGAAGAGUCUAUCGCCUACACCAGUAAUGGGAUCUCCCAGUCGUGACCCAUUUAACACAAGUGUUCCAGAAGAGUUCCACAGCAGCAUCUUGCAAGUUUCGAUCCCAUCAUUAUUGCCAGCAACUAAGAGCUUGGAAACUUCUGAAAAAGCAAAAUUGCCUCCUCAACCAGACACAUCCUUUGAAGAAAAUGAUGGAAAAAUAAUCCUUAGUGCUGCUGUUGAAACCCAGCCUUGUGAGAGUCUUUCAACUUCAAGUCUGCAAAAGUCUAGCAGCCUGGGUAAUCUGAAGAAAGAGUCAUCAGAUGGGGAAAAAGAGUCUGUUCAGAAGCCUUCAGAGGAUAAAGGUCCAGUAGAAAGCAGCCCAUUUGGGAGCCUCCCUCCGAAAGCUCCAGGACACGAUGCCUCGGUGGAUGACAACCCUUUUGGCACUCGGAAAGCCAGAUCUUCCUUUGGGCGUGGCUUUUUUAAAAUAAAAAAUAACAAGAGGACAGCAAGUGCACCAAACUUGGAUCGUAAACGAAGUGCCAGUGCACCCACCUUAGCUGAAACAGAGAAGGAGACAGCUGAGCACCUAGAUCUGGCUGGUAUAUCUUCCCGGCCAAAAGAUUCGCACGGAAGCAGUUCCUUCCAGAUAUCUCCACCAUCACCAGAUUCCAAAAAGAAAUCAAGAGGUAUCAUGAAACUCUUUGGAAAACUUAGGAGAAGUCAAUCAACUACAUUCAACCCAGAUGACAUGUCUGAGCCUGAAUUCAAAAGAGGAGGAACGAGGGCAACUGCAGGGCCGCGACUGGGUUGGUCUCGAGAUUUAGGACAAUCUAACAGUGACUUGGAUAUGCCAUUUGCCAAAUGGACCAAGGAGCAGGUUUGUAAUUGGCUUGUGGAACAGGGCUUGGGAUCCUACCUGAAUUCUGGCAAGCACUGGAUUGCAUCUGGCCAAACACUUCUGCAGGCUUCUCAGCAAGAUCUAGAGAAGGAACUUGGAAUUAAGCAUUCACUUCAUCGAAAGAAACUCCAGUUGGCACUGCAAGCCCUGGGAUCUGAAGAAGAAACCAACCAUGGAAAGCUGGAUUUCAACUGGGUCACUAGAUGGUUGGAUGAUAUUGGUCUCCCUCAGUACAAGACCCAGUUUGACGAAGGACGGGUAGAUGGUCGAAUGCUCCAUUAUAUGACUAUUGAUGACUUACUGUCUUUGAAGGUCGUGAGCGUGCUCCACCAUCUCAGUAUCAAAAGAGCUAUACAGGUCCUAAGGAUCAAUAACUUUGAACCGAACUGUCUGCGGAGGCGGCCGUCUGACGAGAAGAGCAUCACGCCAUCUGAAGUUCAGCAGUGGACUAACCACCGGGUGAUGGAGUGGCUGCGCUCUGUGGACUUAGCAGAAUAUGCCCCCAAUCUCAGAGGCAGCGGCGUCCAUGGUGGGCUCAUGGUUCUAGAACCUCGUUUUAAUGUGGAAACAAUGGCUCAGUUAUUGAACAUCCCACCAAGUAAGACCCUCUUGCGAAGACAUUUGGCCACUCAUUUCAACCUUCUGAUUGGGGCCGAGGCCCAGCACCAAAAGCGUGAUGCCAUGGAGUUACCAGAUUAUGUACUUCUAACAGCCACUGCCAAAGUGAAGCCAAAGAAACUUACCUUUAGCAAUUUUGGGAAUCUGAGAAAGAAGAAACAGGAAGAUGGGGAAGAAUAUGUUUGUCCAAUGGAAUUGGGACAGGCAUCAGGAAGUACAUCUAAGAAAGGAUUUAAACCCGGUUUGGACAUGCGCCUGUAUGAUGAAGAUGAUUUGGACCGGUUAGAGCAGAUGGAAGAUUCAGAAGGGACAGUGAGACAGAUAGGAGCAUUCUCUGAAGGCAUCAACAAUCUCACACACAUGCUGAAGGAGGAUGACAUGUUUAGAGAUUUCGCUGCCCGUUCCCCCAGUGCCAGCAUUACAGAUGAAGACUCCAAUGUUUAA